AUGGACGCCCUCCUUGCCCGACUGGGCAGCCAGGCCUUGAACAUGACGUUCCGUUGUGGCAUUGCUUUCACUUCGAAUUUUGCAUUCAACCAAUGCUCGCGACUUCUGAGGACGGUGGAUGAUCGAGGUAUCCGUCAAGAACUCAAAGACCUACAACAGUCGUUGAACAACAAGAUCAAGAUUAUUUCCCCGGCCAUCGACUUGAUCGAGUUUGCAUCAGGGCGAGGAAAUGUCUUCAUGGAAGGAGCCGUUGAUGUCGCCAAGUCGGUACGGCGAGACAUCCUAUCUCUGGGGAAGCGCUUGGAAGCUGCUGCGGUAGCAGAAGAAUGCCUAGGUACUGCCAGUGCCCAAGGUUGCACGACAGAGGCUCAGCUCGCGGAAUUGAUGCUCAUUGUCAAAGACAUGAGAGAUCUGCUGCGGCGUAUAGACCAAGAUAUUCCAGCCUUGCAGCUUGCCAUCUCAACAUCUGGCGUCAGUCUCUCUGCAUCGAUACCGUCUGGGGUGUCGCCGUCGAGGCUGCUGCAAGCCAAUACAUUCCUCAUCUUCGGAGAUACCCAAUUCGCAAGCAACCCAACCCGUGCCGUCCAGGUUGGGCCGUCCUUUUCACUGUCACUGUACAUGUUGUUUCAAGCCCAUGGCAGUGUUCACCAAGGGCCGUCCAAUAGCGUCGCAAGCUCGACGACUCCCUCUGGCACUCGGCUGCCCGAGCAUGAUAGGGCACCAGUAUGGCAGGAAGUACUCCACAAGGCUCGUGUUCGCUUGUGCAGGACUCCUCUGGGUUGGACUUUUGACCGAGAAGCCGGAUAUGUCCCACCACAAGACCAGCAUAGGGAGGCCGGACUUGAGCCAUUCCCGUUGGCGCAUCGCGGCGUUGGCAACUCGGAUGAGUUUGCAUACCAUCUUGAGAUUAUUGAGGAUCUCGAAGAUGGCCGGGUUCACGAGGAUGAGGGUGACUUCCCAGCUCAUUUUGACGACAUCCGAAAUGCGGGUAUUCGAGAGUCAAUACCUCUCCAUCAGAUCUCCAAAAUAUUCUAUGCGGACACUGGGAGGAUCCUCAACUUGAGUGGCGACGGUGGUCUUGAGAGCAACCCAAUCUUGCUCUUCAAGCGGGAUGCACUCGCCCCAACCUCCACCGAGAUGCUGAAGGACUUAGCCGAGAAUCGUCAAGGCUGCACCGCUGACAGCAUCGAACAGCAGGAUAUCGACAAGCAGCUAGCGGACGAGAGCGGCGUGUUUGUCGACACAGAGCAGCAGGAGCCAGAGAAGUCGUCCUGGAAGUUCCCGGCACACCUCGACCCUGAGUGGCUGGCAUUUGAAGUCUUUGAGGAAGACGAUGAUCCUUCUGGCGACGAUGACAGUGACUUGGAAGCGGGUCUUCUUCUGGAAGAUAAUAACGACGACGAAGCCCUGAAAAUGCCAAAGACACGAUCGCGCCCACGGUCCUCUGUGGACUCGAGGCUGAUCACUCAGAUUCGCAAUGUCUCCCUUGGAUCAUCGGCUGGAAAAAGGCCUCCCAAGGCAUUGCACGUUGAGGAUGGGGUUGUUGGAGGCGACAGCCAGGAGGAAGAGGUUGUCAACCACGACUCAUUCAUAUCACGGUCUCCAUUCGGAGCCAUCACGACAUCGCUCUCGCUCAUGGAAAUGUUGAUACGCCUUGCCAGUCUGCAGGAGUGUCAACAGGCGUCGUACCUUUCCUUGCCAGAUCACAUUAUCAACUUCUUCCUCGAGGAGACUUCGACUACUGGCCUGAGGGGGGAGGAGAGGUGGAAGGUUCGCAACGAGACGAAGAAAAAGGUUGGCUUUGAUCCUUUCACUGAUACCCCUUCCAAAUAG